UGAGGGUUAUCUUGAAUCUCUGCUUCGUGGGUUCUUGGGUUUACACAUCGCAACCACCAUCCAUCAAUCCAAUGUGGUAUGACUCGAAGCAUUGAUUCUUGAAAACCGCAAUCCAAAGGGGGGUUUCACGUUGAAUCCCGUUUUAGAAAAAAAACGAUUUGGUGGGAUAUAUGGAGGGUCAGAUUUAGGAAAAAGUCGAAAUAAGUAGUUGCAGAUUCUAAAGAUUGUUCACAAGAUCACGAAGAUCUUGUUUUUUAAGGUCGACGCUCGGCACCAUCUCUUGAAUGAUUGCGGCAUUUGGCAUGCUUUAAAAGUUCAAUUAGGUUCGUGAAAAACACGUUAGGGAGGUUCUUGGAUUUGCUUUAAAGAGGCAAGCAAAAUGGGUCACUCUGCUGCGGUUUGGGAUUCCAGGAUGGCCCUUGAAAAGACAAAAGACUGGAACGGAAUCGACCAAAUUGUGCUUCGAAAUCCACAAGGGGCUUCGGCUAAGGUUAGCUUACAUGGAGGCCAGGUGAUUUCAUGGCGAAAUGAAAGAGGCGAAGAACUUUUGUUUACGAGUAGCAAGGCGAUCUUUAAGCCCCCGAAGGCAAUGCGAGGAGGUAUUCCGAUUUGUUUUCCUCAGUUCGGUAACUGCGGUUCACUCGAGCAACACGGGUUUGCAAGAAACAAAAUUUGGGUGGUUGAAGACGAUCCUCCGCCACUUCCCGCCAACGAUUCUCACGGGAAAUCUUUUGUCGACUUGCUACUGAAACCAUCGGAAGAAGACCUCAAGUUUUGGCCACACAGCUUCGAGUUUCGUCUUAGAGUCAGCCUUGGGAUGGAUGGGAAUUUGACGUUGACAUCCCGAAUUAGGAAUGUUAAUGGGAAGCCGUUCAGUUUCUCGUUUGCUUAUCACUCGUAUCUCUCGGUUUCCGACAUAAGUGAAGUGAGGAUCGAAGGGCUAGAAACGAUGGACUACUUCGACAACCUUUUUAAACGAGAACGGUUUACAGAACAAGGAGACGCAAUCACUUUUGAAUCCGAGAUAGAUCGUGUUUAUCUUAGUUCUCCAAAUUGCGUUGCUGUACUUGAUCACGAGAGGAAGCGUACGUACGUGUUAAGAAAGGAAGGGCUACCGGAUGUCGUGGUGUGGAAUCCGUGGGACAAGAAAUCGAAAGCAAUGGCGGAUUUGGGAGAUGAUGAAUAUAAGCAGAUGCUAUGUGUCGAUGGUGCGGCGAUCGAGAAGCCGAUCACGUUGAAACCGGGAGAGGAAUGGACGGGUCGGUUGGAGAUUGCAGUCGUGCCCUCAAGUUUUUGUAGCGAGGAUCUCUGAUUUUCAAUUGAGGUGCCUCCGAUCUUUCGAGUUUGGUCUUUUCGUUUGCAUAUGCAAUUAGAGGUUUAGGUGUCGUUUUUUUAGCGUUUUUUGGAUGAACGACUGGCUAAAUAUCCUAUGUUUUUUUCGUUUGAGGAUAUAUCUCGCAUACUAAAACCGCACCAAAAUGCUAUCUUGAAACGUCGUGUUCUUGAAAUGUUAGUGUUGUCUAAACUGUGAAAGAUAACGAGUUCUACGAGUCUUCAUCUGUAGAAAUCCAAUGGAUUUG